CUUGUCAUCGCCAGUAAAAAGCCCAUUCAUCUUAACAGCAAAGAGAAUUUCUAUUAACAUCAAACACAACAGCAAUCGUUUGUUUCCUUCCACUAGGGAACUAUGGGGCAGUAAAGUUAGUUGCAAGGAAACGUUUCCUGCACGGAAACGUAUGAACAUGUUAAGCAAUUUAUGUUAUUAGUUAUUUUUCAUCGAUACAAAGCCCUUGCGAAAAUAAAGACGCAAAUCCCGUGGCUUACAAUCAGAAGUUCAAUUUAUCACUCUUGACAAACUGAAGAGGCAAUACAAAGCAAAAUUUACGUUAACCUCCUUUAAGACUAUACAUGCAGAUGUUAAGGUCCUCGUUAAACAGCUGAUUCGUGGUUUGCAUAAACAACCUGCGCUGAUUCGCAUGCCUAAGUGAUCCCCCUUUUGAGAACCAUGCAAUACGAGCAUCAAGGUAGGGAUGAAGGGUCACCGAAUUCUUAAGCACGCAACCAAAUUUUAAAGUUUAAAAUGAAUUAUCUAGCUACUUGUUACAAAAUAACACGUUGCAUGCUUUAAGGAUUACAGAGUAUAAGUAAGUCUUGCGAAUUACCACACUAAGCAAUGACAACAAUCCGUGAGGUUCUCUAAACACAGUAUUCAAAUUCCGCUGGAUUGGGUGAUGUUGAUUUGCAUCUGAUAAGAAAGCGGGGAUUAACGCAUGGGAUGCGUCCGCAUGGAAAGAUUGGAAUAUAAGGGAAAUAAAUUGACGUGUUGUACUUGAGCAUGUAACCAAUGUACCAUUCUUUCAAAUGACGGAAAUCGAGCGGAUGGAAGUCCUUUCUGCAUUUAGGUGUUCCUAACGCGAGUUAUACAUGGUUAGUAUAAAAUGCAGAUACCAGAUGUUCCUGUCCCAAUUUGGCAUGUUCAGUACCUAGUCUUACUGACGCUUCAGUCUCUUUGGAACGCCUUGGAAUAAACAGCUUGCGUGUCAUCAAAGUAUAACAAACAUGAAUCAUGCAACACCUUCCAGCCCAGCUGCAGCGUCCGGCAGAGAAAAGAGAAUGAGCGAAAAAUCGUCCUCUUUUAUGAUGGAAAAUCUGUUGAAGCCGGAUGGGGACAGAGGAGAACAAGAACCGAAACAGACUCCAUCAAAAAUAAAAGCCCUUUCUGUGGCGGCCCACCUUGCAGAUAUCAUAUUAGAGGCACAUUGUGGCUCUUCUAUACCACAGCAUCGUCGUACACGCACUGCCUUUAAUCGUCACCAGCUAAAAGUUCUUGAAAAUACCUUUUCCAGAACCCAUUAUCCGGAUACAGCGUUGCGAGAGGAGCUGGCUUCAUGUACAAAUCUACCAGAAUCAAGAAUCCAGAUAUGGUUCAAGAACAGAAGGGCAAAACUCAGACGAAACGUGACAAAUUGUAAUACCUACUCCUUGAUUCCAGUUCAUUACCCAUCAUACCAAGUAUCUCAAGGAGACUCUGUCUCAUUACCAGACCGCUCCACAGGAUUUUCAAAUUGCCAAAGAUCGGCAUUUUCGAUGUACCCGGCUCACGUUCAUGACCAUAUAAGAGAAAAUAAUUACCGUGGUUUCCACCAUGUAGUAAGGGACUCAUGUGGCUUUGUGGCGUAUAUAUAACUAAACAAAACACGGAGUCAGCGGACCAUACUCGCCAAUUGGUUAAGUUUGUUAUUGCCAGAUUAUGCUGUUUUUGUUCUUGCACUGUUGCCCACAUACACUGCUGCACAGAGAAUGGCAGGACAACUAGACUACAUAUCGUCCUCGCCUUGAGAGAGCUAUAAGCCGAUAAGACCUUACAUACUUAGUUCGCACUGUGAAAAAAAGAUUCCGUUUGUCGAGUUUUUUUCGUGGCUAUAGCAGCAAGGGAAAUCUAGCAGUUUGUUAAAGAUAGCUCCCCUCAUACCUUAGGUAUUUAUUUUAAAAAUAUCUUGUAAGUCUAUUCACUUCAUUUACUGUCGUCUCUCCCAACGUCCAGACACCUCAUAAUCAGGCUAACCUCAUUAUAGCUAUUUUAAAGUAGAGCAGAACAUGACAAGAACGCAGGUCUACUUUCCCUACAUGGCUUAAUUGUUCGCUAAAUCUAAUAAAAAGCUCCAUGACGGGGCUACGGUCGCGACUCACCUCUAUCAUAAAAAGACGCAGGUUUGUUUUUUUCAAACGGAUUAAGACUGUCAUUUGAAAGACUAUAGUACAGACUCUUCUCAACCGCGUCCACUUCUCUGUUGCAAAAUUUAAAUUGUUCAAUAAAGGAAGUUUUGUUUACAAUAAUUGCCUCAUUAACCUAAGUGAUUCCGUUUCUGAUUGCGCUAAAAAAUAUUAAUUCUUUAUUGAAAGGUCAUAGCUCGAUUAAUUAUCCCCAAGAACUUGAGAACGGUGCAUGAAAUACGUUUUGUGCCACGAAGGAUUUAAAAACUCAAAAUGAAACGAAUGUGUGGUUUUGUUAGCGCUUUUGAAAGCCAAUAUCUCUUCAAUAUUACACCCAGAGAGGUAAACAUUUCACCAUGCACUGAGUAAAAUUAAAAGCCUUUAGUUUAGACUCUUCUCAACCGCGUCCACUUCUCUGUUACAAAAUUUAAAUUGUCCAAUAAAGGUGUCUGGGUUUACGAUAAUUGCCUAAUUAACAUAAGCGAUUUAGUUUUUGAUUGAGUUACAAAAACAGCAGUUUUUUUUAUAGAAAGUCAUAGCACUAUAAAUUAUUCCAAGGAAUUUGAGAACAGUGAACGAAAUACUUUUUGUGCCACGCUGGUUUAAAAACUCGAAGUGAAACAACGAAUGUGUGGUCUUGUUACCCGGGGAGGGGGUACUUUGGGAAUUUCUGGGUGGGGAUGUGCCGCUGGGACCCUGGAACCC